AUGCAGACACUCCUCCAAUAUCGGCGAGAGCAGCAAUAUGCUCUCCAGGUGCAAGCACGAACCGAUUCGUUAAAACGAACCCUUGACCUAGAGUCACCGUCUCAUCUUGACGAGAAACACAACAGCGAUUCGGAACUGGACUUGACCGGCCGUGAGCAUUCCUCAGCGCAACUCAUCGAUGUUGAACAACAGAGACCGCCGCUACCACCAUUUCGUGAUUCACAUGGCGCCAUCAUCAAGCCAAUGCACGACAAGACCGAAGCCAAGAUACCUGUCAAAUGCGACGACGAUGGCAAAGAUCAAGCGGAUCCACACAACUGGUCGCGGACGAAGCGAAUGUGGACAACACUUCUCCUGUUCUGUCUAGUCUUCUCACAAGGAUGGGUCUCCGCCUGCGAUUCGAACGUCACGAAGCCAUCCAGCAAAGAGUUUCAUGUCAGUCAGACGUCCGAGACUUUGGCGACAGCUUUGUUCCUCCUUGGCAUCUCAAUUGGAAGUCUGAUCGUUGGUCCGCUAUCUGAAGAGCUUGGUCGCAGUCCUGUAUAUCUCGUCCCUUCCUUGCUGUACUUGUGUUUCCUUCUUGGGGAUGCCCUCGCACCCAAUUUUGGAGCUCAGAUUGCAUUUCGCUUCCUCUCUGGCUUGAGUGCGAGCUCGACACUUUCAAUCUAUGGUGGAAGUCUGGCUGAUCUCUGGAACACUGAAGAAAGGAACAAGAUUUGGCCGUGGUUUGCUCUGAGUCCUUUGCUGUCGCCCAUUCUAUCGCCUGUAGCUGGUGGCUGGAUUACAGGACACAUCUCCUGGCGCUGGGUGUACUGGAUUGGACUCAUCAUCAGCGGAUUUAUCUUCCUUGUUGCCUUCUUCUUCCUGCCAGAGACUUAUUCCCCUAUGAUUAUUCAGUGGAGAGCGCAUCAUCUGAGGGUUGCUACAGGCUCUGACAGAUAUACUUGCGAGCUGGAAGGCAAGGAGUCUCUCGGCCAGAGACUUGCCCACAACUUGACACGACCUGCAAAGUUUUUCACCACAGAGCCAAUCAUUAUGGCUUUGGGAUUCUACCUUAUUGUCAUCUACGUCGUCAUCUUCGACUUUCUCAAUGGCUUUGAGUUCAUCUUCACAGAUACUUGGGGUUUAUCUGAUGGCGACACCGCUCUUGCCUUCUUGGGUAUUUGUUUGGGUGCUGUGAUCUCAGUCGCGCUGAUGCCGCUGGUUUACAAGGCUCAUCGCAAGAUCAGUAAGAGCGGAGGUGAUGGAGACGACAAACCAGAAGCCCUGCUCCUGCCAGCCAUGGUCGCAUCUCCAUUCUUCGCCAUUUCAAUCUUCUGGCUUGCAUGGACCAGCUACAAGAGUGUGAGUUAUUGGUCUGCCUACAUUUCGACAGUUCUAUUCGGAUAUUCUAUGACGGCCAUCUUCGUCAGCAGCUACAGCUACAUCAUCAACAUCUACAAAACUUACAGUUCGAGCGCUUUGGGUAGUGUCACCAUGGCCAGGUACUUUGUAGCUGCUGGAAUGGUCGUCGCAGCAAGACCCAUGUAUAUGGGCAUCGGACACCAUUGGGCAUUGUCGUUCUUGGGUUGUCUGGGAGUCAUCUGCUUGCCGGUGCCGUGGCUGAUUCAUGCUUUCGGCCAGAAGUUGAGGGACAAAUCGCAGUUCAUCAGUAACUAG